AUGGAGGAUAUAACAGACGGUCAAAUGGCUGUGAAGGUGGAGAAGCAUUCCCAGUAUGUCAUCUUGACUUACUUCCAGGGGGACAUCAACAGCAUGGUGGACGCCCACUUUAGCCGUGCCCUCAGCAAAGUCUGCCAGGCUAAGGCACCAGCAGAAAAACCAAGGAAAAAAAGUAAAACUAUUAAAACAGGUAAACUAAAAAAAACCUAAACAGUGUAUGUGAUUUUAAACAACACUAUCAGUCCUGUUAUCAUGUGGAUGCCUGUUUCUUUCCCACAGAGGACAGCAGCCCCUGUCAGGGGAGUUCAGUCGACCCUUGCUCAGAGUCCCUACAGCCUCCUGUAGGGGGGCGUCUCAUGACCUUCAACCCAACAGGCAACUCUCCUGACUGGCAUUCAUUUACCAGGGCAGGAGAGGGUCCAGGGUUACCGUACACCCUUUCCCAAGAAGGCUUGAGUCUAACUGGACAGCAAUAUGCAACAUCUCUGCUCAACCUACUGCAUAAUGACCGGGGUGAUUUGGGGCCCACCAUGGCCUCCAGCUCCAAGCCAGAGAUGCUUCCAAGCUGGACGGUGCCACAAGGAUUCAGAGAGUCUGUAGACCCCGCUUUGGGCUAUGAAACUGGUAAGAUGUCAGCUGCUGUAGAUAAUCUUUAAAAAUGUCUACCUCCAUUAAAAUAAAUCAGUUGCUCCUUGAGAGAGCAUGGAUAACAAAUUCAAUUUAGUAGGUAGUAAUACAAGUACUUUAGACUACCCAAUAAAUUCUGUGUCAUAAUUUAAGAGGAGGACGUGAAACUCAAGAUCGAUGUCUGUAAUCAUGGUUUACAGACAUCUAAGACAUCCAGCACUCUGCAGAGGUUUAUCCAGAGGGGUGGCUUGGGUAAUGUAAAAAAGUAACGUUACUUUUUGAAGUUAAAAAAUUAUACAGGGUAAAAUCACUUGACUCUUAUCAGUAUAAGAAUAUAUGUGUUGCAGAGACAGUAAGAAAAAAUAAAUGAUGUUCACUCAGGUGUCACCACAGCCCAAUGAGUGUGUUUUCUUGGGCGGUUUAUGGCUGUCCCAGGACAACAAACAGAGCAAAGAGUGAGCCUAAAUCCAUGAAAGACUCUUUGAGGUAGAUGGUUGAACAGAGCCCAUUUAAAGUAAAGCCAGAUCAGCAGGUGAACCUCUGUCUGUGGGGAUGCUCAGACUGUUAGGGGCUUUAGAGCAUUGUAGUACUUUUGGUGGACAGAGUUAAUUACACACACUUUGAUUUUUUAUUUUCUCUUUUCUUUCUUUCCUUCGUGAUAUAUUUCAAAUUUUGUUUAAUGUCAUAUUUCUUGCGCCUUAAAUGAUGAUUUAUUAAUACACUUGCCUUGCGUGUGCACACAUACUUCACGCCACUGCACUAAUCCGUUUCCCAGCCGGGCCACCUCAGUCAUAAAAGUCUGAACAUGCCCCCAGGAGUCUCGCUCUACUCCACAAUCAAGUAUCAACUCUGGUUUUUGAGAAAAGCGUUGGUAUUAAAAAAUUUAGGUGAAAACCAUAGUCCAACAUUUACAAUAUGUUCAUGAUGUCUUCGUGAGUUGCACCCUGAUCAGGGAUAAUCAAUUAGGAAUGUGGUAGGUAAGCUAUUUUAAGACAUGGCGGAGCCGACUGUGGUAAAAAGAGACAACCCAUUAUUAUCGUAAUCUUGCGUAAAACUUGUAAAUUAUGUGGUAAAUGCUAGUUAGUUCAGUACUACCCGACACGUUUCUUCAAAGCGACAGAAAUGACAAAGAUAAAACAUUUUACUCGGCGUGCUUACAAAGCUGAUUUCUCUCCUCUCUGUCAGGACGCCACCUGGAAAAGAAGGACCUGUACUGGUACUGA